UGAUAUUCCGAGCUGCCAAAAUCUGAAACCAACCCAUCAACCAUUUCCAUACACAUUUAGACAGUCAGUCUAAUCGAAGUGCCUCACUAUCAGGUAGAAGGAGGUGUGAGGUGCACAGGUCCACAGGGGAAAAAGACUUGAGCUGUCAACAGAGGUUACAGGGCUGAGUGAGAGAACCUGACUGGAUCUACAAACCAACAAAGAAGAGAAAGAGAGCAGCCACUGAAUCCAAAAAUUAGGAGCAGGUUUUGCUGCAGGAUGUCACACUUGCUGACAUUUUCCCAGAGCAGGAGCAAAUCUCAAACAUCAGCCCCUCAGACUGAAGAAGGCAGCUGCUUCAGCCAGGAGGAGAGCAACUCCUGCAGCCUGAGGACUGCAGCUGUGAACAGGAGGCACAGCGCUGAUGGGAUACUCAGCUCAGGAUCAGGGCGAGGGCAUGUGGAUUCUGAUCGUUUCCACCCGUACCAUCGGCAGUUCAGCGAUGGACCUGUGACAGCUGCAGGACGCCUCCAACAGUGCUCUUCUUCCUUCAGCAGUCUUCAGGAGGUGUGCUCUCCUGACAGUCAUUCACACAGCAGCAAGAUGCAACCAUCCUGGGACCAGUACAAUGGCAGCAUUCAGAGCUCAUAUCCAGAGCUACCAGCAGUACCCGUGGAUGCUCCCUGCUUUCUGUCUCAGACCUACACAUCCUACAGCUCACCUAGCCUUCAAGAACAGGUCUCUUCUAGACUGCACCCUAACAAUGAGCCGUCCAGCAGCCCCAAAUAUGCUUUCUCCAGCCAGUCACACCAGGAUGGCACGACACAGUCUAUUUUUCCCAAGCCCAUUUACUCAUACAGCAUUUUGAUUUUCAUGGCUCUGAAGAACAGCAAAACAGGAAGUCUCCCAGUCAGCGAGAUCUACAGUUUCAUGACUGAACACUUUCCAUAUUUCAAGACGGCUCCUGAUGGAUGGAAGAACUCUGUGCGCCACAACCUGUCCCUGAAUAAGUGCUUUGAGAAGGUGGAGAACAGGAAUGGGAGCACGUCUCGCAAAGGAUGCCUGUGGGCCCUCAAUCCAGCCAAGGUGGAGAAAAUGCAGGAGGAGCUGCACAAGUGGCGCCGCAAAGACCCCAUCACUAUUCGCAGGAGCAUGGCAAAGCCAGAAGACCUUGAUCGGCUACUUGGAGAAAGACCUGAAAAAAUCAGGUCGUUGCCGCCUUACACUAAAUCCGCCUCAAUAACCAGAGCAGCCACUGCCUACAAUGCUUGUACCCCAGCUGAGCUUCGCCCAGCAUGCCAGCCCAUUCGCAGGUCACAGUACGCUCACGUUCAACCUCAGCUGCCCUGCUAUCUCCCCCCUUCUGCCACAUAUCCCAGCAACUCAUUCGCCUUGUACUCACCCAGUGGACAGCAGCCUGCAGCUGGUGUCCCAUUGGCCACGGGAAGUCUGAGCUCACCCGUGGCUGGAAAGAUGCCGCCUGUUUAUGACGAUGUUCUCCAGGCCGAGUACAGUGUUGGGCCCAGGAGCAUGCAGGACUUGCUGUUGGAGGGAGACACCAGUUAUGACAUUGACAUGCUCAACCCCAGUCUGACUGACCUGCAGCUGCAAGGUAACCUGUGGGAGGAGCUGAGGGAGGACAGCCUGGUGAUGGAGCCACAAGUUAGCACAACCUCGUCCGCUUCCUUUGUCCCGCAGGACCACCACAUCCAGAGCAGCUGCCUGCAUGUCACACCCCCUGUCAGUCAAACAGCCGGCAGUCGUUGUAAAGCAGAAUAUGAGGAUGGAGAAGCAAGACAACAUUUGGAACAGCACGGCUGUUUGAACGGACUGCAUCCUGUGGUUUAUUCAGGAGUGGAGAGUUUGGCUGGGUAUCUGACCUCCUGCACUACAUCCGUCUCCUUAAUGUAAACCUUUGCUCUUUGGAUUUGAUGUUCCAUGUGGUUCUGAAUGAGGAAUAUAGUUGCAAAUAGUUUCGUUCUACAGUAUUUGGUGGUUAUUGAACCCAUCUCUGCAACAGACUCUGUUGAGAUGGGUUGUUGAGAUUUUCACUGCAUGCACAGUCACAGUUCAGCUUA